AGUAAUCGAAUUAGAGAAAUAAUAGAGAGUCAACAUGAAAGAACCCCUUCGGUCCCUAUAAAUGAUAUCUUUUAUGUUCCUAUGUACGAUGAGACGACUGAAGUUGAAUCGCCUAGUCCAAGGCUAAUCCAUCAGCCACAACCUUUGUCCCGCAGCGAGCGUCCGGACCUUCGAAUCUCCAGCUUUCUCCGCUUCGGCACACCUCCGAUGAUUGGAGCACCACUGAAUAAAUAAGAAUGCCCCUCGACAAACGUAGCGUAGUAAUAGCCUCAAACCCCCAAAUAUCAAACCAAAUAACCCAACAAUAAAAACAAGCGACAUGCCCCCAAUCAUCGACGACAAAUCCCCACACUGCAUCCCCUUCCUCCUCUCGCGCCUAAAAGCCCACCAAGAGCGAUUCGGCAACGACCCAGCCAACACCCCACCCUUCUUCCUGGGGUUAAACGGCGUCCAAGGCGCCGGGAAGACCGUGCUGGUCACCACCCUCCAAUCGACUCUCCGUUCCCCGCCAUACUCCCUCCCCGUCAUCACGCUCUCCCUCGACGAUCUAUACCUCACCCAUGAACAACAGGUCGCGCUCGCCAAAUCGCACCCGGACAACCCACUCCUCCAGCAUCGCGGCCAACCGGGGACCCACGAUCUGCCCUUGGCGAAGGAGGUCUUCGAGUCGCUCCGCGCGGGCCGCCCCACGGCUAUCCCGCAGUAUGAUAAAUCGGCGUUUGCGGGGCAGGGCGAUCGCGUACCCGAGUCGCAGUGGGAGGUAGUAAACGGGGAAGGGGAAGAGAAGAUCAAGGUGGUCAUUUUCGAGGGAUGGUGUGUUGGGUUCCGGGCGUGGGAUGAUCAGGUCGUCCGGGAGAGGUGUGAUAGUGCUGCGAUGCGGAGAGAGAGGGGUGGCUACGAUGGUCGGUUGGGGUAUGUGCCGUUUGAGGCGGUUAAGACGGUCAACGAUGCGUUGAGGGAAUAUGACAUGAUCACUGACCAGUUAGAUGCGUUGAUCCAUAUUGAUGCGCAAGACCUACAUUUCGUCUAUGACUGGCGACAGGAACAGGAAAGGACGCUUCGUGCGCUGAAGGGCACGGGCAUGACCCCCGAACAGGUCACGCACUUUGUUAACGGCUACUAUCCCUCAUACGAGCUCUUUACCGAAACCCUCAGGGCAGGUACCUUCAGGCCUAUCCGUUAUACAACGACGGCAUCAAGGCCUUCCUCAGGCUGGGAGGGAAGACAGCUUCAUUUGGUUGUCGACAAGCACCGGAAAGUGCAAGAGGUUUCUACGAUAUAGGUUGGUCUGUGUAGAUUCAAACUUAUGGAGGACGGCCGAAUACCGUAAAAACUGCCAAGUAUAUGCAUCAUGAUCUAUAGUCUUAUUCAAAGAUAUUAGUCUAAAAAGGCCACUCGCCACAAGACCAAUUCAGUGUAACGUUACCAACUCUAUUUCUACCAAUUGUCUGUGCAGAUUCCUGGCCACAUAUAUACUGAAUAUCGACGGACAUGACCAG